AAGAAUAGUUAUCUAAAUUGCCAACCCCUCUUCUCCCCCGUAAUCUGUCCUUUGACAAUUACCCACGAUUUAUGCCCUCUCAAUCGCCGUCGUCCACCUACACCCACCAAGCCUCUUACUUACUCUCAGUCACCACCCCCCUUGGUCGCCGGAGUCGAUAGAUCCGCUCUCGCUCUUUCUCUCUCUCGAUCGCUCACCAUCUGCCUCUCUGGUCGUCCAUCACUGUGCGGCCCUCCAUCUUUUCCUCGCCGGAAGUACUGGUGAAUGUAGUUUCAUAUGAAGCUGAGCCUAAAAGAGCAAACUCAGGACGAUGUCUCUUAGAGGACCGCCACUUCCUCGGCUUCUACUCGACCAGGUGUCCUGUAUGCGUAAUGCCCAGCAAAUCCUUAGAAAUGUUAACGUCUCGAUCCAUGAUGGCAGUGCACUCGUGCUGUCAGGGACCAAUGGUUCAGGCAAAACAACAUUCUUACGAAUGUUAGCCGGAUUCUCCCGACCUUCUGCCGGUAGGAUCCUAUGGAAUGGGCAUGACAUUACAGAAUCUGGAGUAUUCCACCAAUACAAACUUCAGCUGAAUUGGCUCUCACUUAAAGAUGCCAUUAAAGAGAACUUUACCAUCAUUGACAACGUUCAGUGGUUUGAGGUGCUUGAGGGGAAGCAUGGCAGGUCAAUGCCUGCCAUCGAGCUGAUGGGGCUUGGAAGAUUGGCAAAGGAGAAGGCGAAAAUGUUGUCGAUGGGGCAACGUAAGCGCCUGCAACUUGCAAGAUUGUUGGCAAUCGAUAGACCGAUUUGGCUGCUCGAUGAGCCUUCAGUUGCAUUAGAUGAUGAUGGGGUCAAGUUGCUGGAAUACAUCAUUGCUGAACAUAGAAAGAAAGGUGGGAUUGUUAUUGUAGCAACACAUAUACCAAUAGAUAUUGAAGAUGCCAUGAUCUUGAGGCUGCCGCCACGGUUCCCUCGGAGAAUAACCUUGGCCGAUAUGCUCGAUCGGUGUGACAUAUCGUAACUUCUUGAGACCAUUACCAACCCAAGCAUAGUUCAAAUAAAGUCCAUGGUAACAUUCUUUCUCAUUCUUUCUCAUUUGUUGGUUUCCAUCGUUAGAAUUGUUUUUAAAAAUAGCUCAGUUUAAAGCUAAAAGUAAUACUUCAUGUUUUAUAUUACAAAAGACAAUACUUUAAAUUCAAAUACCAUUUCGGUUCCUUUA